AUGAAACCAAGACACCACCACACCAUCACACUAACACACUGUUACUCCACCACACCAUCACACCAUCAUAACACCACACCAUCACACCACCACACCAUCACACCAUCACACCAUCACACCACCACACCAUCACACCACCACACCAUCACACCACCACACCAUCACACAACCACACCAUUACAUCAUCACACGACCACACCAUCACACGGCCAUACCAUCACACCACCACACCAUUACACCAGCACACCAGCACACCACCACACCUUCACACAACCAUACCAUCACACCACCACACCAUUACACCAGCACACCACCACACCACCACACCAUCACACCACCACACCAUCACACCACCACACCAUUACACCACCACACCAUUACAUCAUCACACGACCACACCAUCACACGGCCAUACCAUCACACCACCACACCAUUACACCAGCACACCAGCACACCACCACACCUUCACACAACCAUACCAUCACACCACCACACCAUUACACCAGCACACCAGCACACCACCACACCUUCACACAACCAUACCAUCACACCACCACACCAUCACACCACCACACCAUCACACCACCACACCAUUACAUCAUCACACGACCACACCAUCACACGGCCAUACCAUCACACCACCAUACCAUCACACCAUUACACCAUUACACCACCACACCAUCACACUACCACACCAUCACACCACCAUACAAUCACACCACCAUACAAUCACACCACCACACCAUUACAUCAUCACACCACCACACAAUCACACCACCAUACCACCACACAAUCACAACACCAUACCACCACACGACCAUACAAACAAUCACACCACCAUACAAUCACACCAUCAUACCAUCAUACCACCAUGCCAUCACAUCACCAUACAAUCACACCACCACACCAUCACACGACCACACCAUCACACUACCAUACAAACAAUCACACCACUAUACCAUCACAUCAUAA